AAGAUGACGGGAUUAAGCUUCUUGACUCCUUUAAGAUUGACAAGAAAUUGUCGACCGCAACGGAGAUAAUGUUUGUAGGUGUGCAAAAGCAUAAUGGACGAGCAAUUGGCUUCGUGACAACCAAAUGGGGUGCCUGAGAUAUUCCAUAUAAAAGUCGGUCUAUUUCCCGUCAAUAUUAUGCCUCCCAUAUCCUUCUGUUCAUCGAUUCCCGAGUUCAAUUGGCAAGCCAACAUCAGCAAGCAUCGCGAGAACCCCAUCAAAUCUCAGACAUUUCACUGAAGUCAGGAGAGCUUUUGUGACCAAAUCAAACAUCAAAAUGGCGUUCUCUGCUGUCAUUUCGUCAGGCCUUCAAAAGAGUAUCGAUGCAACCAAAGUCGAAUACGUCCAACUCGGACGUUCUGGUCUGCGCGUCUCAUCUCCCAUUCUUGGCGGGAUGUCCUUUGGAUCCAAGAAAUGGAUGCCUUGGAAUCUCGAGGAAGAAGACUCUCUCAAGAUUCUGAAAGCUGCCUACGAUCGUGGCGUCAACACAUGGGACACGGCCGACAUGUACUCGAAUGGACUCUCUGAAGAGAUUAUCGGGAAGGCGAUCAAGAAGUUUGAGAUUCCGAGGGAGAAACUUGUCUUGAUGACAAAAUGCUACAUCUAUGUAGCGGACGACAUUGAUACUUUUAGCGCUGUAUUGGGAGAGACAAUGGCGAAGACUAAGGAUCAUGUUAAUCGUGGUGGUCUUUCGCGCAGUGCUAUCUUCAAAGCUGUCGACGCAUCUCUCAAGCGUCUCGGAACUGACUACAUCGACCUCUAUCAAAUCCAUCGCUACGAUCCCGCCACCCCACCAAAAGAAACCAUGAAAGCUCUCCAUGAUCUCGUCGAGUCAGGAAAAGUCCGCUACAUCGGCGCAAGCUCUAUGUGGGCUACUCAAUUCGCCAACAUGCAGUUCAUCGCCGAGAAGAACGGCUGGACGAAGUUCAUCAGUAUGCAGAACUAUUACAACCUGCUCUACCGCGAGGAAGAGCGAGAGAUGAUUCGCUUCUGCAACGAGACUGGAGUUGGCCUGAUCCCGUACUCGCCUCUUGCUGGAGGUAAACUGGCGAGGCCGGCAGGACAUGAUGAAUCUGUGAGAUCGCAGAUGAGGCAGCCGGACUCCACGGAGGCGGAUCUGGAGAUCAUUAAGAGGGUCGAGGAGGUUGCGGAGAAGAAGGGCUGGAAGAUGAGCCAGGUUUCUCUGGCGUGGUUGAGGAGUAAAGGUGCAGUGCCGAUCACUGGUUUUAAUUCUGAUGAAAGGCUUGACGAGGCUUGUGAGGUGAGGACCAAGACUUUGGAUGCUGAAGAGGUGAAGUUUCUUGAGGAGCCAUAUGUGCCGAAAGCGAUUUUUGGACAUUUUUAGAUUGCCAAUAGACACGACCUGAGUAUACUAUGUUAUUGCACUGUUAUGAUAGAAAUGUUAAGUGAUUCUUUCAAAA